ACAACCAGUUCUGUAACUGAUGUAAAAGUUGGAGUGUUGUUAAUGACAAGCGCGGCUGAACCAUUUGAUUUACGAAGAGUAGGGCCUGCUUUAGAUAUUGCGUUUGAACGUUCAAAAUCAAAGUAUGGAAUACGCUUUACUCCUACCUAUCAUAACUAUACUGGAUUCUGUCCCAAAGAAACCGUGAUCGGACACCUUUCGGAACUUCAUUACGUUUAUAAAGUGAACGCAGUGAUAGGACCAGCUUGUUCGGCUACUCUCGUAGCGGCCGGGAGACUAGCACAGUACCUUAAACUUCCGAUUGUCAGCGGUGUCGGGGAUUUAAUCAUUCGGGACGCAGCGGAUGCAGACAUGUAUACAACAUUCACAAGGUUGUCAUAUAAUUUGGGAAAGUUGUCAAAUUCUAUGGUGGAAAUUCUGAAAGAGUAUUCUUGGUCUCAUCUAGCCAUUCUGUAUGACCAGGAUUACGUGUUCUUUAACUUGGCCGGAAGUCAGUUGGCUAUUGACCUUAAGGGCAUAGAGAGCUUACCACGACCAGUUGACAUUCCCUUUUCAGCCACGAAACUCAAAGACCCCGGUUCUCUGCUUCUAGAAGCCAGUCAGUUCGCCAGAUUUUUUGUCAUCUUCUGCUCUGCGGACCUCCUCAGGAGUUUUCUGUACCGUGCCGAUCAGCUCGGGAUGACCAGUGGUGGAUAUGUGUUCCUGGCAAUGGAGUUAUUUCCGUCCGAUUGGCUGGGACAUUAUAUGCUCUUUUACAGAGGUGACUAUAUGGACACUGCUGUUACCAAGGCGUACCGGUCCCUUCUCCUUCUGACCAUUCAUCAGGCGGACAAUGUAGAAUACCUCAGAUUCGCUGAAGAUGUCAAGCUGAGGAGUAAACGGGACUACGGCUAUGAUUUCGGACAAGUAGAGGUUGUUAACUACUUCAUAACAGCAUUCUAUGAUGCUGCUAUUUAUUUGGCGGAGAGUUAUAAUAGAACAAUUCAAGAUGGCGGGUCUGUUAGUGACGGAUUGGCAGUGGCACAGAGAAUGUGGAACACCACUUACGAAGGAAUAACAGGGCCUGUAGCAAUUGAUGCGCUGGGCGACAGAAUAGCUGAUUUCGACAUUUUUCAUAUGCAGGAUACAGAAUCGAGAAAUUUUACGUUAAUAGGAACAUUUCGUGGGGCCACCCAGAAGUAUGUUAAGAAUCCUAUGGUAGAAAUCAACUGGCCAUACGGCAUUCCACCGGACGUGCCUCGUUGUGGUUUUCGCAAUGACAAAUGUAUCGUUCAGGCCCCACCUGACGUUAUUAAUCCUGUAUCGCUGUCAUUUGCUGUAUUUCUGGUUAUUUCUGCAAUUGUUGGAUACAUAAUAUUUAGAAAGAUUCGUCUAGAUGCAGAACUAGAAAAGAAAGUGUUUAUUGUUAAAUACGAUGAAUUACAGUUAAAGAAAGGGGACCUUCAGGGGUCGUUCUUAUCGAAGUCAAGACUCUCAAUCAUUACAGAGCACUCGUCACGGGGGAGUGAAGGAGGAGAUAUUCAGCAACUCUUUACUCAAGUCGGAAUGUGCAGAGGUAACCUGGUAGCCAUCCGGAAGCUGAAAUUAAAAACUGUGGAACAAAGUAAAGAUGUUUUACGGGAGUUUCGAGAGUUAUAUCAUCUACAACAUCCUAACAUAGCAAGGUUCAUUGGGGUUGUGAUUGAGCCUGGAAACAACAACAUUUUGAUGGAGUACUGCCCCAGAGGAAGUUUACAGGAUAUCAUAGAAAACGAUGACAUUGACUUAGAUUGGUCUUUCCGAUACUCCAUUAUAUGGGACAUCCUUAAAGGGUUGGAGUAUAUUCACUCGAGCCCGAUUCGUUACCAUGGGCGCCUAAGCGGGACUAACUGCGUCAUUGACAGCAGGUUUAUGUUGAAACUGACAGACUUCGGUCUGAAUUCUAUUUAUGAUAUGGAAAGACGCGAACAACUCCAGGAUAAGGCAUCAUUUAACAUGAAUAAGCUUCUGUGGACUGCGCCAGAGUUGCUGAGGCGACUCUUCAAUCAAACUAAAGAUAUCAACUACCAGAAGGCAGAUAUAUACAGCUUUGGCAUCACUCUUCAAGAAAUAGUAGUUCGGGGUGCUCCUUUUGAAGGCAGUGACCUGACAUCAUCAGAAAUUAUAGAGAAGGUGAUGGGUGCACCAGGUACUCUGGGACCUUUUAGGCCAAAUGUUUCCGAAAUGGACUGUAGUCCCGAAAUUAGGUCGUUACUGCAGCAAUGCUGGUCAGAAUCUCCUGAUGAUCGACCUAACUUAAACGAUAUUUUCUAUUCCCUGAAGAAAAUGAACGUAAAUCAAAAAGGAAACAUUAUGGAUAACCUAAUGAGAAGAAUGGAACAAUACGCCAAUAAUCUGGAGAGCAUCGUAACAGAAAGAACCAAGGCGUACAUCGAAGAAAAACGAAAAGCAGAGGAUCUUCUUUGUAGACUGUUACCCCCGUCAGUAGCCAAACAACUUGAGUCUGGAAACUGCGUUGAUCCAGAAACUUUUGAAAUGGUGACCAUUUACUUCAGUGAUAUUGUAGGGUUCACGACCCUGGCCUCGCGUAGUACACCAUUAGAGGUUGUGGCUAUGUUGAAUGGUUUAUACACAUGUUUUGACACGAUAAUCAACCAUUUUGACGUCUAUAAGGUAGAAACAAUAGGGGAUGCGUAUAUGGUUGUAUCAGGACUUCCGGUUAGAAAUGGACAAAGACAUGCUAUGGAAAUUGCCAAUAUGUCACUGAGCAUCCUGAAAGCUGUUCAAGAAUUCAAAAUCAAACAUAUACCAGAGGAAAAGUUAAUGAUUAGAAUUGGUAUAAAUUCUGGGCCUGUCGUGGCUGGGGUUGUCGGUAUUGCAAUGCCAAGGUAUUGUUUGUUUGGGGAUACCGUUAACACUGCCUCAAGAAUGGAGUCCACAUCUUUUGCUGGAAAAAUCCAAAUAUCUGAUUCCUCGAAACAGCUCUUGGAUCAGUUUGGAAUGUAUGAUGUGAAUUGUCGUGGAGAAAUUCCAAUAAAGGGUAAAGGAAUGAUGAUCACUUACUGGCUAGAGGGUGCCACUCUGGAUUCCAGUAAGAGCUGACAAUCACUGAAGGGCAUUGGCCCAUCCCCCUCUCGCGAGAUCUGCCGGAAACGAGUAUCCUGCGUGACGUCAUCAGCCGAGGUGCUUCGUGCAGUGAGAUACAACGAACUGGAUGU